UUACAAACGGACCGAAAAAGAGUAUUCCUGCUCGCCAGCUGAACAGAAAGCAUAUUUUCUCCCUGAAUAAUUUCUGUAAACUAACAAGAAACAGUCAAUAUGCGUGAAUGUAUCUCAGUCCAUGUCGGCCAGGCCGGAGUCCAGAUGGGCAAUGCCUGCUGGGAGUUGUACUGCCUGGAGCACGGCAUCCAGCCUGAUGGUCAGAUGCCAAGUGACAAGACCAUCGGAGGUGGAGACGACUCCUUCAACACCUUCUUUGCCGAGACCGGCUCAGGCAAGCACGUCCCUCGUGCCGUCUUCAUCGACCUAGAACCCUCGGUUGUUGACGAGGUCCGAACUGGAACCUACCGCUCGCUCUUCCACCCUGAGCAGCUGAUCACAGGCAAAGAGGAUGCCGCCAACAACUACGCCAGAGGUCACUACACCGUCGGCAAGGAGUGGAUUGAUGUAGUAAUGGAUCGCCUUAGGAAACUUGCUGACCAGUGCACCGGUCUUCAGGGUUUCCUCAUAUUUCACAGCUUCGGUGGUGGUACCGGCUCUGGCUUCACAUCUCUGUUGAUGGAGCGUCUGGCCGUCGACUACGGCAAGAAGUCCAAGCUGGAGUUUGCCAUCUACCCCGCCCCACAGAUCUCCACAGCUGUAGUAGAGCCUUAUAACUCAGUGCUGACCACUCACACCACCCUUGAGCACUCCGACUGUGCCUUCAUGGUCGACAACGAGGCGAUCUACGACAUCUGCCAUCGUAACCUUGACAUCGAGAGACCGACCUACACUAACCUUAACCGUCUCAUUGGUCAGAUCGUGUCCUCCGUCACUGCUUCACUUCGCUUUGAUGGUGCCCUCAACGUCGACCUGACAGAAUUCCAGACCAACUUGGUGCCCUACCCACGUAUUCACUUUCCUCUUGCCACCUACGCACCUGUCAUCUCUGCUGAGAAGGCCUACCAUGAACAGCAGACCGUUGCUUCGCUCACCAAAGGCUGUUUCUUGCCUGCAAACCAGAUGGUGAAGUGUGAUCCCCGUCACGGCAAGUACAUGGCUUGCUGCCUCCUGUACCGUGGUGAUGUCGUCCCCAAGGAUGUCAACGCUGCCAUCGCAUCCAUCAAGACCAUGCGUACCAUCCAGUUCGUUGACUGGUGUCCAACUGGCUUCAAGGUGGGCAUCAACUACCAGCCACCUACAGUGGUGCCUGGUGGUGAUCUGGCCAAGGUGCAACGUGCCGUCUGCAUGCUGAGCAACACCACCGCCAUCGCCGAAGCUUGGGCUCGUCUGGAUCACAAGUUUGAUCUGAUGUACGCCAAGCGUGCCUUCGUCCACUGGUACGUAGGGGAGGGUAUGGAGGAGGGUGAGUUCUCUGAGGCUCGUGAGGAUCUGGCUGCCCUGGAGAAGGACUACGAGGAGGUCGGAAUCGACUCUGUCGAUGACGAGGGAGAGGACGAAGGAGAGGAAUAUUAAACACAUCUUAAGAGGAACAACGACAAUUAGACAGUCCUGGAAGAGGUUCAUGCAAUAAUUACAUUUAUAAUAUAACCGAUAUUUAUACAGGGUAUAAACUGGCUUAUGCUAUUUUUCUUUUCUAUACUUUUUACUAAAAUGCUUAAUGUAAAUGUGGUUGUAACAUUCGAACAUUUUUCCCCCCUCUUUUCUCGUUUUUUCUUCUUCUUAUUCCAACCUAUUUGUUCCCUCCAACGAGAAGUCAGAUAUUCCGUUUUUGUCACGUGAAAGAAAAACAAUAUGACAAUAUUAAAGACACUGGACACUAUUGGUAAUUGUCAAAGACCACUCUUCUC